AUGUCAAUUAUCCCUACUCCCAUAAUCAUGGUGAAGAAUGGUAUCCUACUUUUAUUAUUCAUGCUUGGAUGUGUAAUAUUAGUAGGUUUCCAAUUGAUAAUAGGUUUCAUAUUUAAAAAUUCUCCUGGUCAUAAACAUGAUGGUAUAGGUUUGACUAAAACUUAUUUUGUUCAAAUGAUGGCAUUUUUCCAUGCUAAUGCUUCUCCUAACAAGAUAUCUAUAACUUAUGAUUCUAAGAAAUUACCUGAAGGUAAUGAAUUCACUGUCAAUGGAUUCAAUGACUUACAAGGGAUCUUAUCACCAAAUUCCAUCAUAAUCUCAAAUCAUCAAAUUUAUACUGAUUGGCUUUAUGUUUGGUUCUUAUUAUAUACUUCCAAAUUAUCAUCAACAAUCCACAUUAUCUUAAAAGACCUUUCUAAGGUUCCAAUCUUGGGUUAUGGGAUGAGAAAUUAUAACUUUUUAUUCUUAUCCAGAAAGUGGGAACAAGAUAAAGUCAUUUUAACUAAUCAAUUAUUGGCCAUUGAUGCCAAUGCCAGAGGCAGUGGACCUGCUAAUGGUAUAGUUCAUACUCAAUCUACUAAUAUCACCAAUGGAGUUGGGGAUGUUAAAGUAUGGCCCAAUCAAAACAUUUCCAAAGAUUUAUAUCCUUAUACAAUUGUUCUUUACCCUGAAGGAACUGUUCCAUCCCUUAGAACCACUAAAAAAUCAAAAGAAUAUUGUGAACAAGUCGGUAAACCUAUAUUGAAUCAUGUUUUAUUACCAAGGGUCAGAGGUUUAUAUCUACUGUUAUUAAAUUUAAGAAAUUCAGUUUCAGUAGUUUAUGAUAUUACUACCGGUUAUUCGGGUUUGAAAGAAAAAGAAUUUGGAGAAGAUAUUUAUACUUUGAAAAACGUCUUCUUACGUGGUAAAGGUCCUAAACAAGUAAAUUAUCAUAUUAGAGCUUUUAAUAUUUCAGAAAUUCCUUUGGGUGCUGAUGUUCUUGAUAUUGAUCAAGUUAAAGAAGAUGAUUUAAAGAGAUUUGAAGAUUGGUUAUUUAAAGUUUGGUAUGAAAAAGAUGAAUUAAUGGAUACUUUCUACAAAUAUGGAAAAUUCAUUACUUCUGAUGAUCCAAAUUUUGAUACUUAUAAAACUGUUGUAGCUGAUAUGAAAUUACGUAGCGUGUUAGAAUUAACACCAGUUGUUUCCUUUGCUUUGAUUUUAUUCUACUUGAUAGGUAAAAUCUUCAAAUUCAUCUUUGGGUGA